AUGGAUAUUCCCUUCCACAAUUUGAACAGCAAGAACUUCUCUUUAAAGGAAGAUGAAGGUACUGUUGGUGUCUUUCACUGUUUAUCCGGUGCUGCGAAAAAAAAUCCACAUCUUAUACGGAUGGUGAAGCUGAAAUCCUGGGCGAAAAGUAAGAGUGUUUUGGGAAUUAGUUACGAUUUGUUCAGGAUUCUCACAGGUGAAGAUGGAGAAGAGGGGCACACUGCUCGGAAUGAGCACAACCUUGUGUGGAAAGCACUGAAGAAGGUUGAAACAGAGAAGCGCAUACUUCUUUCUGGAACUCCGUUCCAGAAUAACAUCAAAGAACUGUACAACACUCUCUGUGUAGUCAGUCCAAAGUUUGCUGCUGAUUUGGAGCAGAAAUGGGCUUCUCUUAGCAGUUCAAUUGACAAGAAUGCCCGAGCGUUGGAAGAGCUUAGGGACAUUCUUUCACCCCUUGUCCAUAAAUGUAGCGAAAAUGUAAAGAACGUAAGCCUUCCAGGUAUACGGGAUACAGUAAUACAUUUGAAACCCACAGAAUUGCAGGAGGAGUUACUUAAAAGAGUUCCUGAGAAUCCGGGAUCCUUUUAUGAACAAAAUCUGAUGUCUCUGAUCUCUGUUCAUCCUUCAUUAGUGGCAAAUAGGAAGGAGUUCUCUGAGUUAGAAAGUCAGCUCAAGGAAAGAAGGUGUCGGUUGGAUCCUGAUAUUGGGGUAAAAAUGAAAUUUGUUAUUGAACUGAUCAGACUAUGUGGUGGAUUGAAGGAGAGGGUUAUAAUAUUUAGCCAGUUACUAGAUCCUCUAAACCUGAUCAAGGAGCAGCUCAAUUCUCUCUUUAGCUGGACUUUAGGCCGAGAGAUUCUCUAUAAGGAUGGGAAACUUGAUGUAAACCAGCGGCAGAUAUCAAUAAAUUCUCUUAAUGACCCUAAGAGUGAUGUCAAAGUGCUUCUUGCAUCGACAAAAGCCUGCUCAGAAGGGAUAAGUCUAAUAGGGGCCUCAAGAGUGGUUUUGCUUGACGUUCUCUGGAAUCCCUCGGUAGAACAGCAAGCCAUCAAUCGAGCAUACAGGAAUGGUCAGACAAAAUUUGUUCAUGUUUACUGUCCAGUGACAUCGAAAUGGGAGGUUGACAAGAUCGAACAACAAACAAGAAAGAGAUAUCAUUCAGAUGUAAUACUGUCCAGGAAUGAAGAGAACACUUCAUGUUCUGUGUCAGAGGAUAUCAUACUAGAAUGCAUGGUUAAGCAUGACGGCCUCCGUCAUAUUUUUGAAAAGCUAUCUCAUGCACCUCGUGUGGUGCCUUCAACAUGCUUUUAUUUUGGUAGCCAACCUUCAAAAGGGAGCAGUUAG